GGCAAUAACACAUUUUCUGCAGGAAGUGCACAUUUUCAAGUGCUACCAAUUAGGGAAAAAAAACAAUGUUGAAAAGUAUUCGGAAGGAUCUCAGUUAUGAGACCACCUAUACGAAAGAGAAAGUUUCAGUGUUGAAAGACCAGGGCAACAAGGCACUGAGUGCUGGAAAUAUUGACGAGGCUGUACGGUGCUACACUGAAGCCUUGUCUCUUGACCCUUCCAACCAUGUCCUGUUCAGUAACCGCUCAGCUGCCCACGCCAAGAAGGGCGAAUAUGAGAAUGCUCUGCAAGAUGCCUGUCAAACCAUCAAGAUCAAGCCCGACUGGGGCAAGGGCUACUCCCGCAAAGCUGCAGCUUUGGAAUUUCUUGGCCGACUGGAAGAUGCUAGAGAAACUUACCAGGAGGGAAUCCGGCAGGAGCCAAGUAAUCAGCAGCUGAAAGAGGGUUUACAAAACAUCGAGGCUCGACUUGCAGAGAAAUCACUGAUGAACCCCUUCGCUAUGCCCAACUUGUAUCAGAAGCUGGAGAAUGAUAGUCGGACUCGCGAGUUGUUGUCAGAUCCCAGCUACAGAGAACUGCUGGAGCAACUCAGGAACAAACCAUCGGAGCUUGGCACGAAGCUGCAGGAUAAAAGAGUGAUGAUUACGCUCUCUGUGCUGCUGGGACUAAACCUCUCUGAGGCAGAGGAAGAAGAGGAGCACAUCUCCACUCCUCCCCCAAAACCCCAAAAGAAUGAACCACCUCCGCCCAAAGAGGAAGACCUGCCUGAAAACAAGAGAAAGGCCUUGAAGGAAAAAGAACUUGGGAAUGCUGCCUACAAGACUAAGGACUUUGAGACGGCGCUGAAACACUAUGAAGAGGCAAUCAAACUCGACCCCACCAACAUGACAUACAUUUCAAAUCAAGCAGCUGUGUACUUUGAAAAGGGAGAUCAUGAGAAGUGCCGGGAGCUGUGUGUGAAGGCCAUCGAUGUUGGCAGAGAGAACCGAGAAGACUACAGACAAAUUGCAAAGGCCUUGGCGAGGAUGGGCAAUUCUUACUUCAAGCAGGAAAAAUACAAAGAAGCUGUUCAGUAUUUCAACAAGAGCCUCUCAGAGCAUCGUACUCCUGAUGUCUUGAAGAAGUGCCAGCAGGCAGAGAAAAUCUUAAAGGAGCAGGAGAAACAAGCUUACAUUAACCCGGACCUGGCCCUGGAAGAGAAGACCAAAGGAAACGAUGCCUUCCAGAAAGGAGAUUACCCUGUAGCCAUGAAACAUUACUCUGAGGCCAUCAAGAGAAACCCUGGUGAUGCCAAACUUUUCAGUAACAGAGCUGCCUGCUACACAAAGCUGUUGGAGUUUCAGCUUGCCCUGAAGGAUUGUGAAGAGUGCAUCAAACUUGACCCCACCUUCAUAAAAGGUUUCACACGUAAAGGAGCCGUUUUGGAGGCCAUGAAAGAUUAUUCUAAAGCCAUGGAUUCAUACCAGAAGGCACUGGAGCUGGACUCUUCCUCAAAGGAAGCAUCAGAAGGCAUACAGCGCUGUAUGGUCAGUCAUGCCAUGAGAAAUGACAGUCCAGAGGACGUGAAGAAAAGAGCGAUGGCUGAUCCCGAUGUGCAGCACAUUAUGAGUGACCCAGCCAUGCGCAUCAUCCUUGAGCAAAUGCAGAAAGAUCCUCAGGCGCUUAGCGACCACUUGAAGAACCCGGUUAUUGCCCAGAAGAUUCAGAAACUCAUUGAUGUUGGACUGAUAGCCAUUCGUUGAUGAGACGUGUGAAGAAUCUACCAAGACUAAAGUGGAACGUCAUGCAAAACCCUCCACAAUAUUACAUCCUAUUUCCUUGCCUUUAAAUUUAAAAAUAUGUCAUCUCAGUCAUGUUUCACACUGGUUGUGUGUGCAAUGCGUUAUGUCUGUGGUGCGUCUCUUUUCAUUUGGCUCAAGUUAACUAAUGAGACCGAUGAGAGUGAAAAUGAUCUUUUCUCACAGUUGUAGCAUCUUUACACACACGUCACAAACACCUCGUGUUUCAAAGUAAAAGUGCUUAAGUUCCCUGAUUCCAUUCGUUUUAUUCAACAGUUAUAUUGUGAUAUGUAGAGCACUUACAGAUACACUGCUGCAUACUGAAGAGGUCCUGGUAUUUAGAGAAAAUGUAAACUCAACAGCACCUCUUUGGCAUGUGAGCGGGGGACGUGUACCCAGUGUGAGCGACAGAUGCAUGCGAGAUCAGCGCUGAUGCCGUCACGCACUGCACCUGCAUCAAGUGUGAAACCUGCCUCAGUCUCACUUAAGGCUUUGUCUGUAUGUUAUGUUUUUAAAGUAUCACAAAUUGUUGCAUUGUAUCUAAGAAAAUGUCUGUCUUGCAAUCUGGAUUCAAAUCUUUUUUCUAAAAUGUUAAGGAUUCACAUGUACAGAUGCCUAAGUACAUCUUAAAAUAAACAUCACAACGCAGUGAA